CGUUAUGCACCACCACCAGCAUUCCGAACGUGAACGUUUAACCGUCGAGUAUUCGCCGUUUUGCAGAUACGGAAGUGAAUCGAUUUUCGGUUUAAAAAAUAGAAACGAAACUAACGUCGUAAAAGUAGUUUGACAACAAAAAUUCAUUAGGUGUUGCUAAUAAUAGUGCACAGUUGUAUUUAAUAAUAAUUAUUGCAAUAUAAUAAAAAAAAAUUAUUUGAACAAAAUACCAAGCCCUCAAAGCAAAAACAAAUUACUUCAACAUUUAUUUGGAAGUAAAUGGUUACGCAUUCAUAAAAAUUAGAGGCGUUUUUUUAAAAGUCGUUAAAUUGGAACCGGCAGAAUUUAGGACGAAAAAUCACAAUGAAAUACUUUGGUGGAAUUGAAGGGGGCGCUACCCAUUCACGUUUAGUCAUCUGUGAUGAAAAGGGUGAAUGUUGUGCGACAACAACCGGUCUGGGUACCAAUCAUUGGCAUAUUGGCAUGACUGAAUGUGCUCGUCGCAUUGCCGAUAUGGUAGAACGUGCCAAAACAGAGGCGGGCAUACCACAGGAGACACGUUUAACAAGUUUAGGCUUAAGUUUGAGCGGUUGCGAACAUGAAACUAACAACCGGGAAUUGGAACAGGAAUUGCGAGCACAAUUUCCCAAUUUGUCAGACAAUUAUACGGUAACAAGCGAUACGGUCGGCAGUAUUUUUACUGCAUCGCCAAACGGUGGCAUGGUUGUUAUCUCGGGUACAGGAUCCAAUGCUUUAUUACGGAAUCCUGAUGGAACUUCGUACAAUUGUGGCGGCUGGGGCCAUUUUAUGGGCGAUGAAGGGAGUGCAUGGUACAUCUCUCAUCGAGCGGUGAAAAUGAUUUUCGAUGAUAUGGAUAAUUUUGAAAAAUCUCCCUACCCUAUUGACCACAUAUGGAAGUUAGUCAAAGAACACUUCAAAGUCGAGAGUCGUCAUGAAAUUUUGACUCAUUGCUAUGCAAAAUUCGAUAAACCAUUUUAUGCUAGUCUAUGCAAGAAGCUAUCUCAUGCUGCCGAGCAGGGUGAUGAAUUGGCCAAAUUUGUAUUUCAUGAAGCUGGAUGUCAUUUGGCACGAAGCAUACAGGCUGUUCUGCCCCAUGUCCAUGAGGAUUUGGUAGAAUCUGGUGAUUUGAAUAUUGUCUGUGUUGGUUCUGUGUGGCUAAGCUGGACUCUGCUAAAGGAUGGUUUCGUCGAGACGCUGAAAAAGAAAAAUAUACCAUUUGGUUUAAAACUUAUACGCAUAACCAAAAGCAUGGCAUAUGGUGCAUGCUACUUGGGUGUAGAUGGUAUUGGCUAUCCUUUACCACGUAAUUAUUCAGAUAAUUUUGAGGUAAUGUAUUGCUACAAGAAUCUCUACACCAAUGGUGCCAUGAAUGGUAACAAUGGAACAAACGGCUGUUCUUUAAAAGUGUAGUAUUAUUUGGUUACGACAAAACAUUCCACAUACUAAAUAUUUAUAUACAUAUUUGUAUUAAAAUAGCUGUAUAUUAUAUUUUAUUGUUAUUAUUAUCAAUUCCAUAUCCCUUAUCUUCCAAAUCAUAUAUACAUACCUAUUAUUAAUUAUAUUUACCUGAACAUUUGUAUAAAUUUUUACAAAGUACCACUUGAAAUCCAUACUAUGCUUCCCUUUUUAUAGGUACAUACAUAUGUAUGUAAGUUUAUUUAUAAAAUUGAUAGAAACAAAAAAACUGAUUCAUUCUUCACUAAGAUAAUAAAGUACCCACUUUUAUACACAUUGUAA